AUGUCGAUGGUGGAAGAAAAGGAGCCGGCGCCCGCGGCUUCUUCGGCGGCGGCCGGAGCCCAGGAGCUCAACAACCCCCCGGAGCUGGAGGAAGGUCCGAGCUCCAAGAAGCGGGGGGUCCGGCUGGAGAGCUGCCCAGAGUGUGGGAAGGCCUUCAGCAAUUCCUCCAACCUGCUGACCCACCGGCGUGUCCACACGGGGGAGAGACCCUUCAGCUGCCCCAAGUGCGGGAAGGCCUUCAACAGUUCCUCCCACCUGUUGAACCACCAGCGGGUCCACACGAGUGAGAAGCCCUUCACCUGCUCUCAGUGUGGGAAGGGUUUCACUUGCUCCUUCAACCUGCAGAGCCACCAGCAAGUUCACGUGCCAUCGUAG